ACACUGAUUUUGUUGGUUAUGUUUACAAAUUGUAACCAAUUGCUUAAUUUGCUGGGCAGAUGAGUUUAAUUUAAUUGUUAAUUAAAAUAAAAACAAAUACAAAAUGGGCAAGGCCAUGUCUAUGGUGGCUCGCAAGGCCAAUCGUUUCAAUGUGGAGAACCGUGCACAUCGUGUGCUGGAACGCGAAAAGCCAACACCGGCACCAAAAUACGAAUCCAAUCUGCGCGACAUGGAAAGAACUUUGGAGUUGGAUCCCAACUUCGUGGACAAGCUAAAUACAAAGGACGCCAGCUUGGAUACACGACUAAAAGACGUUUAUGUAACAUCAAAGGAUCAAUUUAUUCAACGAGUAUUGCAACGCCAAGAAACUGACAGACCGCUGCCCUUAGAGCGAACCACUCCGGAUGACUUUGAGUAUGGCUACAUGGAGCCAACAAAAACAUCGAGCGGGCAUUGCACACUGCGACAGGCAAUGCAAUUUAUCAACGACCAUCAGAUAGCACCCGAAGAGUGGACAGCUAUGAAAAUAGCUGAUCAGUACAAACUAAAAGAGGCGCAUGUUGCAAAUAUUCUGUACUACUUCAAGACGUUUAACAUCUAUAUACCUGAUCAAAAAUAUAAGGACAAAUUGCUGACACAAACUAAGCAAAAGCUGAUCCAAGAAAAUCCAAGUACAGAAUAGCCAAAUUAGUUAUGAAUUGAA